CUGAAUACAGUGAAAAAUCAGUUGCCCCGUCGGGAAUCGGAAAAAAUAAAUCACCCAUUGAAGCCUCAUUACAACAUAUUAGUUCACAUGAAAGCUAAGAUUUCCGUCUUGUCCCACACGUACAAAGACUACAUGGAUUUAAAUUUAGGCUGUUUCAUUCCUGGAAAAGUGAUCGAUGAAGCUUUUAGAGUAUUGCGUUGCCUCAAAGCUGUCAAAAUAAUACCUUACUACAAUGAAAUACUUCAAGAAUUUCUGGACAUAAGUAGUAUGGCAAUAGAACAUUUCAGGGAAGAAAUAACUCGAGAUAUCGAGCAAUGUCUCCAUCAAGCCGAUUCCUUCGAAAGCUUAGAACUAUCUAACGAUGAUUCCUCAUCGAACUCACGAAUAAUCUUGUCUCUACCAGCUAAUUUUAAUCCGCAGCAGCUGAAUCGGACCUUUAAAAAAAUCAACAAUCGCUUGAGGGCAAACCAAAAGAACGCAAUCUUGAUGAAAGAACAAUUCAGCGAAGUCAGGUGGAAGAUGAAAAGGCAGUCUUUCAAAAUGAAACGUCAGCGUUUGAAAAUGCAAGAAUACGUUGAAAAAAUUAACAAUUUUGAUAAAAAUAUGCAAGGGUACAUCAAUAACAUUCAAAAUCAGGAUUUGAUGCUGCAGGAGCACGCGAAAAAAAUGAAAAGCCAAAAUUUGAAGCUACAACGUUGCGCAAAAAGAAUUCAAGACCAAGACGUUCAAAUAGCUGACAUCACUAAGCACAUCGAUUGCUUGAGUCAAAAAUUGAGAAAUUUGAGCAGUCUAGAGUGUCGCGAUACUACUGAAGUGCCAAAAUUAAGAGACACCCAACGUCUCGCAUGCUAACAGCGAAGCCAACAAUGUUAGUAUUAUUUUUUUUUAAAGUGGUAAUUACUUAUAUGAAACCUGUCACGUGUGGUCACACGUAAAAAGUAGUCUGACAGACUUCUGGCAACAGUCUUUUUUCACCGGUUGUUACAGUGUCACGCACGCACACAUUUUCAUUCUCAUUACAUUCGAAACAAUUUUUCAAGCAUUCUUACUGACAUAUUUUGAUAUGUAGUUCCUUUCUCCAAUUUGCGUGCUA